CCUGCGCAACCGACCCUCGUCCGUCUUCCCCGCGAUCGAAUGCGGGCGAUGGCCCCGAGGUACGCCCACCGCUGCAUCAUGGGCUUGCGGCAAGGAGCCGUUGCGCUGCGAGGGAGGUGGUGGCUGAGUGGGUGUGCGGAUGGCCGAGGGGAUUGGGCCGUGGAGAAUCCUGGUCGUAGGGUUGGACUUCCGGAACGCGUCGACAUGAUCCGAUGCGGGGAUCCGGUGCCCUUGGGAAAGGUCCUUGCAGAAGGGAAUUAGUAGAAGCGUGAAGAAGCGUGGACUGUCACCUCGUCAAGGGUGGCGACUGUCCUCUUUGCCUUGGCCUUUUGCAGCUUGACGUCUCUCGACAGUCCAGACGCAGGUGAGCAAGGAUUCAUUCAUCGUGUCCCAGAGUCUAGAUUUGACAUAUCAACACACUGACACAAUAAACAACCUCUUCCGCCUUACCAGCCCUUCUGCC